GAUUGCAAAUGUCAAGUCAUGUAUGGAGGCGAACAUCAACAAAGAAGAUUGGAAAGUGCUUGAUAAAUAAUAGGUCUAAACUUAUCAAUCUUGUUUCCAUGUUGAAUCAUUAGCGCUAAAUGUUUGGAUAAAAUGGCGACUGCGGAAGCCGAGAUAAAGGCUUCUGGGGUUCUCAUUAAAUCGCAUUACGACCAAGCAACUAGGGAGAUAAAUAAAGCUAUAACUUGUGAUGAAAAUAAGGAGAGUGAAAAGGCUAUAAAGUAUUAUACAAGAGCCUUGCGAAGUAUUGAUGUUGCUCUAGCAUUAAAAAUUUCUGAAAGUUCUGUAGAUGGGAAAAACUCCAAACACCUGCUUGAAAAAAUCAAGAAACUUAAGGUUCAGGCCGAAGAAAGACUGAAAAAUUUAAAUUCUGAAUUGAAAGAGCGUCCUAAAGCCCCAAAUCGACCCCCUCCACCUGGUCAUGUUAGAUCCCAAGACAAUGCCCCCCAUCAUUACAUUCCAGCUGAGAUCGACAAUGGAGAUGUUUGUCAACAAAAUUGGGAAGAUGCAAGAGAGCUCUUUUCUGUCAAUAACUGUGUCAAAAUGUUCUUUGUCUCUAAAGAUGGUAAUGUGACUACUUUGUACCAACCUCAAAGCCUUCGAGCAUUACAGCUGUCUUCUGAAAAUUCAGAUCAUACUAGUUCCACUUUCCUUCAUUGUGGAUCGUGGGUGUUCCCACUAGUCCCAGGACGCUCUCCUGUGCUCAAAACAGACGAGAGAACUUUCAUGAUUCCAGACAUAAAUUUAGAUUCAAAUAAUUCUAGCACGUCAUCAUUGACUGAAGGAAAGUUCCCAACGGUUGGCCUCGUUUUCUCUCCAGAUGUUAGCGAUGGCCAAAUUAAACGAUUUGAGAGAAUUUUAAAAUGUUAUUCAGACUAUAGACAUUAUUCCUCAGAGCAAAAUUCAAAUGAAGCAUCUACUGUUGUACCUUCUGCACCUUCACUAAUUGAAGACUCCGAAACACGUACAUCACUGGAACCAAAUAGUGAUAAAAGUGGUUUGACUUCUGGUGAUAGUCAGACCUGGGGCGCUAAAGUUUCAAGGGGCAUUGAAGCUGGAGCUGUUCUUAUUUCCUGGGGCUUAAGCAAAGGUGCCGAAAUUGGUGGACAACUCAUUAACCAGGGGUCGGAAAAACUUCGAGGAAAAAUAACGCCGAAUGAAGAAAGUGCAAAAAUUGAUCCAAAGAUCGAAAAAAAUGUUCGGCAGAUAAGGACAGCAACUGGUGUUGCUUGCCAAGUAUCUUCAGCAAUUGUAUCUGCUGUGUCAGCAUUAACCACUGAACUUGGAAGACAGCUUGCUCCAGUAAUUGUCCAGCAGGGUAGUAAGCUUUUGCCGCCUUCAACGAAACAGAACGAUAGUCAAGGGAAAGGACAUGUAGAAGAAGUAAUAAAAGUUGCUGUGGGUAGUGUGCGUGGCUUUUCUGUUGUUUAUGAAGGGUUAACUAAUGCUUGGAAGAUAUUGUACAGCAACAUUUCCACUGCUACCGUAACGACCGUCGAUCAUAAGUACGGCGAGCAAGCUGGAAGAGUCACUGGUGAUGCCAUGGGUGCUGUGGCUAAUGCUUUCGAGGCUUAUCAAAAUGUGAACCAUCUUGGAUACAAAGCUAUUGCAAAGAACACAGCAAAACAGACAGGAAAAGAAUGUUUGUACGAUAUGAACAAGAAGAUGUAAUAAAUAAAGCAAUAAUCAUCGAUGAACACUGUAAAUUGUGUAUGUACAUAUAUAAUACUCUUUGUUUGUACCACUGUGUGAUUUUGUAAGUCAGUGGCUAUAUUAGCGUUUUUUAAGUUAUAAAUCAUCAUUAUAAAGAUGCUGUUUGUUUAUUGGAAGUUGACUAUGGAAUUGAUUUCGAAGCUGUUGAGUACAGUUCGAGGUCAAAAUUAUUACUCUUUUGUAAAUAAGAUGUGCUUAAUCUUCGUGUUAUCAAUAAAAGGUUUUUUCUCUGUCCUUUUUUCUUCUA